CCUCUCGGAUGCCGAUCCCGUUCGGAGCUCCAACGAUGGCGCCGGCAGGGAAGGGAUAACAGGGAUAACACUGCAGCACACACGAGCUGGGAAAAAGAAACGGAGAGAAAAGCCGCAUCCCCGCCUCCAAGGAUUUCCCACCGCCGAGAGGGGAAAACAAGGGAGGAAGCGAGAAUUUGGCUGGGGGAGGGAGCUCGGGGAGAGAGAGAGAGAGGGAGCGCCGGGACUGUCUCCGGCCGUACGCGCGAGUAUUGAUUGUUCUGCUAAUCCGUGCCUGGAGUGUCUCAAGGAGCUGGGGACUCCCCGAGGUGGGAGAGGAGGAGGAGGAGGGUGAGGGGGGGAAGACCCUCGGUGGCUGCUCUGAGGAUGCUCCGGGGGGCUCCGUUCCAUCCCUCCCCGGUGAGGAUGCUCCAGGGGCGGGGAGGCAGCUCGGGGGUGGGUGCUGCUCCUCAAAUCCCUCCUUUCACCUCUCUCUUUAUUUAUUUGGGGCUUUAUUGCGCGUUUGGCACGGCGGGCGGGUGCUGCAGCUCCCGAGGGUGCGGGAGGGAUGCGGAAUCACGGGCGAGGGCGGUGUUAGAGGGGUGAAUUCCCCUCCCACGCGUGGGCUCAGCCAGUGAGAGGGGAGACCCCCACACCCUCGCCCCAGAAGGCGCUCCCCGCUCACCCCGGCUGCGUUUCCCAGGCUAUCCUAGCGAUUUGCAGCUUUCAGGACCCAUCCGGAGCUCCACAGCAUCGCGCUGGGUUUUUACAAAAUUAAAAAUUAAGAUUAAAAAUCCUUCUCCUGACAGGGGAGCGACUCUGGGUCAGAAACACCAUGGGUGAAGGGGAACUUGCAGGGAAAUGCGGGGAUGGCAUGGCCAGGGCAGGGUGGUGCUGGGGGACAGCCGGAGCUCGGCUUUUACCUCCUCCUUCCCUGCCAGGUAAAAAUCCCGUGGGAACUGCUGUGCUGUUGGGAUGUUUCUCUUUGAAGGAGAAAAGGAUCCCUCUCAAGCCUCAAGAUGCUCCACAGGACAGGUCUAAACCCGCGGGGGGAUUGGGGACACACAGGCGACACCUCCAACUGCAUCGGAAUCCCUCGGGGCCUCGCAUUAAAGCUGUUACGUCAGUAAAUUAUAUAUAAAAAAAAUAGUAAAAAAUCCGACAACAGAAAACACAGCCCCAAACCUGGACGUUUAUACAGAAAAAGAGCAUCACAAAUUCCUAAUAGCUAUGAAGCAGGGACAGAGGCAGAGCGAGCUCCUUCAGGCAGGGCUGGGAGCUGAGCUCGCACAAACAGCUCCCCGGUGGACUCACGAUCCUGCUUUGCUCGGCUCGGAGGGGGAAGGCGCGGAGCUGCGAUGAGCCACAUCUACAGCAGCCACCUGUCCCCCCUGGGCAGCCCGUCCAUGGUUUACCUGCCCGCCGCUCUCGGCUUCACCCCCGGGGGGGCCAUGUCCCGGCAGGACCCCCCUCAGAAACCCCCCUACAGCUACAUCGCCCUCAUCGCCAUGGCCAUCAAAGAGGCUCCGGAGCAGAAGGUGACCCUGAGCGGCAUCUACCAGUUCAUCAUGGACCGCUUCCCCUUCUACCACGACAACAAGCAGGGCUGGCAGAACAGCAUCCGCCACAACCUCUCUCUCAACGAUUGCUUCGUCAAGGUGCCCCGCGAGAAGGGCCGGCCCGGCAAGGGCAGCUACUGGACCCUGGACCCGCGCUGCCUGGAUAUGUUCGAGAACGGCAACUACCGCCGCAGGAAGAGGAAGCCCAAAGCCGCGAACCCUCCGGACGCCAAAGGCACCGAGCAGCCGGCGCCGCCCGCCCGCCCCGUCGAGCCCAAGCGGGCCAAGGGGGACGCGGCGGUGCCGCGGCCGGCUGAGGGGACAGCGCCUUGUCCCCAGCCCCCGGUGCCCCCCGCUGCCGUCCCGCCGCACAAAAGCGUUCCCCGGGGCCGCAGCUUCAGCAUCGAGAGCAUCCUGGCUCAGGGGCUGCGGCCGCCGCCGCCCGGGGCAGCGGCGCCCAAGGCGGCCCGGGCCAGCCCCGGCUGCCGCGGCGGAUCGCUGGUGGCCGGCGGCGCCUUCGGGCCGGCCCUCAACGCUUCGCUCAUGCUCGACUCCCAGGUGCACGGGAGGCUUUACCACAUCGGCAUCCCCUUCCUCUCCUGCUUCCCGCUGCCCUUCUCCGAGGCCGUGUUUAAUUUCCAGUAGUUCCCCCCCCUCCCCUACAAUUAACGCGCCCCCGGUGCCGAGCGCUGCUGCGGGGGGCGCGCUGGGAGGGAGAGAUCGGACUCAGACCUCACCACGCGGGUAAAGACCUAAAAAAUCCCCCCCAAAAGCGACGUUUUAGAGGUGACUCAGGAUUUCAGGGCAUUUUCAAGGCGCGUUUUGCUGCGGAUUCUCUUCUGCCCCUGCCAGAGCGACUUUGGAAGGUAAAAAGCGGCUUUGUGCUCCCGUGGGCGGUGGAGGCAGCACCACGCUGGCCCCAAGCCCCGAGGGCUUUGCUCUGCACCUUUACUCUUUGCAUCCCUCAGGUUCCUCAGAGCAGGCUUCCCCCGAGCCCUUCAGGUCUCUGUUUUAUUUUUCCUUUGAAAGCCAAGCCUCAUGCCGGGGGGAGGAGGCUGAGUUUUGUUUUGCCAUCAUUUUGUUUUGCCAUCAUUUUGUUUUGCCAUCCGUACCCACAGGUAUUAAUAAUGCCCGUAAUUUUGCCAUCAAUACCCACAGGCACAUGAUAAUUCCUGAUAUUCCCCACUGGCCCAGUUCUCUCAGUGGGUAACUGGAGCUGAACUCAUGGCAGACCAAGCAAUCCAGGCUCACCCUGAAUAUUCCUGCUUGCUUUGACCCAGCAUGGCGUGGAACUGGUUUCCUGCUCAGCACUGAUGCUUUGGAGUAUCCCCACAGAGUUUCUGCUCGUGGAUGUGGCCAAAAAAACGGGGAUGGAUGUGCAAACACGAAAAUUUGUCUUUUUCCAACUCUUACUGGGAUUGGUUUCUUCUGACCAAUUAAGACUGAGGCAGGGUUGUGGAGGCCAGGAGAAAAAAAGAUAAAAAGAGACAUCAGCAAUGUUUCUAAAGAUUUUUUUGUAAAGAAAGAAGAAUCCUGACACACUGCAAGAAAUAAGGAAUAUUUUGUAUUUUUGUUUGCCGUAAAUAGAGGCUUUUUGUAUAUUCGUGGAUAAAUGCCCUUUUCGGGAAAAAUUAUAUUCUCAAUUUUCAUUAUGAAACUAAACGUAUAUCCAAUAAAGGUAUUUUUGUUCAGGA